UUUAAUUUGCUCCCCAUCUUCCCAUAAUCUUGUCUUUCAACAACUAAAAAUAGAUAGAUAAAGGGGGGAACAAAAAGGAACUCCAGCACUCAAUCUUCUAGCUAUCUGCUGCAACUCAUGAUGUCUUGUAUCGCUGAAGAUGUUGAUACGAAACACAGAAUUAAUGGAGCAUUGUAUUCCGCUAUAAUGGAAGCUGACAAGGAGAAGGUGCUAGAACUGUGCCUCAAAGUGUCUGAUCAUGCAUUGCACAGAAUAACAGUAAAUGAUGAUACUGUUCUCCACAUGGCUACAUACGCCAAGGAAGCUGAUUUGGUACUCAAAUUGCUAGAUGAGUUGCCUGAACAUCAUCUAGAUAAAAUGACGCGCCAAAAUGGUGUUGGAAGCACUAUCCUCCACGAAGCUGCCACAAACAACUAUGCGAUCCCUAUUGCUGAGAAACUGUUAAAGAAAGCGCCAGGAUUGUUAGGGAUGCGUAACAACAAUGGAGAGACUGCUCUAUUUCGGGCAGCGCGCUAUGGAAACACUAAAAUGUUCAAGUUUCUUGGUUCUAAAAUAACCCAAUAUGACCAAGUUAGUCAGCAAUUCUAUCUUCAGAGGAAUAUUGAUAAAACCACUGUUCUCCACAUUGCCAUUAUUUCUCAGCACUUUGAGUUGGCGAGGCAUAUUGCUAAUGAGUACAAACAGUUAAUUGGUGAAAAAGACUCGGAUGAGAUGACUGCACUUCAACUUCUUGCAUGUGAACCAUCAGCUUUUAAAAUCGAUCGUGAAGAAGGAUUCAUCAACUUAAUUAAAUGGUGCUGCAGUCCUGCCUGGCGGAGGAAGAUUCAGAACGAUAAACAAAAAUACAAAUUAGCUGUGGAGCUUGUGAAGUUUUUAGUUAAAAGAGAUACCUCAUGGGAAGCCUCAUAUUCUGCUGCAGAUAAGAGCAAGCCUAAAAUACAUAGAUAUGGUGGUGGUGGUGAUGCCUCUUCUAUGGUAAAGGAAGCUGCAGCAGAAAGGUCUUCUGCAAGCACUCAAGGGCAAAAAGAAGAGAUUGGAGAAACUCCUUUGAUUUUAGCCACGAAGUCAGGUUGUGUGGAGAUCGCGAAAGAAAUACUCAGAGUCUAUCCUCAGGCAGUUGAGCAUAUCGAUGAUGAAGGACGAAACGUAUUGCAUGUAGCAAUUAAAUAUCGACAAUUGAAGAUUUUUGAGUCUGUGAAAGAAAUGGAGGUGCCCAUGGCUAGGCUUGUUCGAAAAGUUGACAAUAAUGGGAACACUAUUCUGCAUACUGUCGCAUUGAAAAGAAAAGAUUUUGUAGUUGAGAAGGUGGAAGGUCCUGCGCUGCUAUUGCAAGAGGAGUUACUAUGGUUUGAGAGGGUGCAAGAAAUAACUCCACUUCUUUUCAUGUAUCACAAAAACAAUAUGAAUCUCGCUGCGGAUGAGUUUUUCAAUAGAGUAAAUUCAGAACUUCGAAGUGCAGGCAAAGAAUGGCUAAAGAGCACAGCAGAGGGAUGCUCCGUUGUGGCAGUUCUGAUAGCUACUGUUGCAUUUGCUGCGGCCUACACUGUACCAGGCGGAAACCAGAGCAACGGUCUUCCUGUUCUCUUGAAUCACCCAUUAUUUGUGGUUUUCACAGUCACAGACGUACUCUCUUUGAAUUUCGCAUUAACAGCAGUUGUAACAUUUCUCUCAAUCCUUUCAUCACCGUUCAGAUUCAAAGACUUCAAGCGGUCCCUUCCUAAUAAGUUGAUGCUUGGCUUCACAUUUUUGUUCCUGUCUGUGGCCAUGAUGAUGAUGUCGUUUGGAGCGACAAUCUUUCUUAUGAUUCACAGCAAGGAAAGUUGGACUAAAAUCUCUCUGUAUGCCCUUUCCUUUAUUCCAGUGGGCAUCUUUGCCCUGUCUUAUUUUAACCUUUAUUCAUCAUUGUCAAAAACUUACAAAUACUUGCUUGGAAAGGCAAGACAAGCAGCUCCUUUGAGCACAUGCAUGGUAUCCGAUGACAAGAAACCCGACUCCUUCAGAGCAUCAUCUCGUACUCACAUUUCAUUGGUCUGAAAGUUCAUUGUUGUGACCUGUACGUGUGGAGUACUAUACAACAAACUACAGACUGGAUUGAAUAAAGGGAAAAGAUCUAAAUAGUCCCUGAGGCUUAAUAGUGGGUGCUUAGCGUUGCAAGGAUUUCUCAAAUAAUGAUAAAUUUUAGUUGCCGCUGCUGAGUAUUAACUUCAACUAACUAACGUGUUUUUUCUAUAACUGACCUGUUAGCUUCUUUUGUCAGAAAGAAGACAGCUAUCUAUGAAUUCUUGGCGAAUAAGUUAAAUGCUAAGAUUCACAUUUCUGUUCA